AUGGUAUCUAUCGGUCGGGACUUUAAGGAUGCGAAAGCCCUUUUGGCUAAAUUACGGGCCUCUCGAUCAAGGAAGCUAUCGCAAUAUCCGAUUGCCCUACCGCAUGGCACGACCACGCUCCGAGGCACUCCCCAUCUACAUAAGAUAAAGGGCUGGCUAAACAAAUUGGGACAUACGGAUCGUGAUCUCGAUAAACUAAAGGUAAUUCACAUUGCCGGGACUAAGGGAAAAGGCAGCACCUGCGCAUACAUUGAAAGCAUGCUUCUUGCACAUGGCGCAAGAACCGGAUUCCCGAAGCGAGUCGGCCUUUAUACUUCCCCCCAUUUAAUUGAAUAUACGGAACGGAUUCGCCUUAAUGCAAACCCCAUUUCCGAGACUAAAUUUGCCGAAAACCUAUUCGAAAUCUGGGACUGCCUAGGCGAUGGCCCUCGAUCUCUCCAGCUGUUGGCUCUUUUGUCAUUCCACACGUUUAUUAAAGAGGGAGUUGAUGUCGCUAUCUACGAGGCCCACCACGGCGGCGAGUACGACGUUACAAAUGUCGUUAAUCAACCGGCUGUUACGGCUACUACAACGAUUGGGCUUGAUCACAUAGAUGAGCUCGGACCGACUAUUGAGAAUAUUGCAUGGCACAAAGGGGGGAUCUUUAAAACUGGCGCACCAGCUUUAUCAUCGCCACAGGUUCUGGAGGUCUCUAAGAUUUUAAAGUGUCGUGCAGCUGCAAAGGGCACCAGCCUUAGGUUCAUUCAAGCCGAUCUCGAGGAUAUCCCGGUCCCAGUGCAAAGGGUCAAUGCCUCUCUAGCCCGGGAGGCUUGUCGGGAAUUCCUCUAUAGGCAAGUUGGUCAUAUACUUUCCGAAGAGGAUAUCCAGGCUGGGAUUCGAAACUUCGCCUGGCCGGGGCGCUUUCAAACAGAACAAAAAAACGGCGUGAUUUGGUGUCUUGAUGGUGCACACAACCCAAUGAGCGGACUUCACACCGCUGCCUGGUUCAACAGUAUUUCCCAUUCGAGAUAA